CGCAAAGAAUAAGGAGAUAUAGCCAAAAUGAAUCUGGGAGCUGGAAUCCCCCUCUCGUCUACACCGUCUGCUUCACCGACCAGGUCGAAAAGGUGACGGAGUUCCGGGGAAUUCCGUCGACUGCAGAGUGUGUGGUGGUGAACGCGGAAUACGAACAACAGGAUAUCCAACUUUGGCCCGCCCGGAUCAAAACACUCAGCACCCGAAAGUCGCCGUGCACCCAUGAUCCCACCUACAGCCACGUUCAAAUGGAAAAUUGCUUGCUGUCGAGUCUGAAGUCCUCCUGUGUGGGUCCUUGGUUGAACGCGUCCAAGAAGCCCUUGUGCCGAAAAGCGGAGGAGUACACGCGUUUCAUCCAAGAGUACGAGGACCUGAUCGGGACGACGAAUGCAUCCAGAUGCAAUCUGAGAUGUCCUCGGCGGUGCCAAUCCGUUCGGUUCCGCCCCAUCUUGGAGACGAACAACAUCGGCAAUAGUGAGAACAUGCCCUCGGCAUGGAUCAAUUUUUACUUUCCAUCGAUGGAGGUCGAGGUUCUGGAGGAGCAGUGGUCCUACGACAUCCUGGAGAUGCUUGGGGAACUGGGUGGAAGUCUGGGGAUCAUGCUCGGGUUCUCCCUUCUGUCCAUCUACGACCUCUUAGAAGUGGCUCUUUUCAACAUUCGCUCUUGCCGGAAGAAGAGAGUCCUUCCAAAUCACUAGAUUUCAUUAUGUUUUGUUUCCUGGUUCGUAUGUAUAAUAUUCAAAGGAGAACGUAACAGCAUCAACAGAAUAGUGUGCACCGAAUCAACCGCCUGUUCCCU